AUGGGACCGACGGUGUCCCCCGUGGUAUCGCCGGGGUACACCGAGACGGAAAGUGACCUAGAAUUGCGCGAGGAGCCCCGGACCAGCAGUAGCAAGGAGCCCCGCACCAGCAAGCGCGAGGGGCCCCGCACCAGCAAGCGCGAGGAGCCCCACACCGGCAAGCGCGAGGAGCACCGUACCAGCAGACGCGAGGAGUCCCGCACCGGCAAGCGCGAGGAGUCCCGGACCAGCAGGCGCGAGGAGCCCCGGACCAGCAAGCACGAGGAGUCCCGCACCGGCAAGCGCGAGGAGCCCCGGACCAGCAGGCGCGAGGAGCCCCGGACCAGCAGACGCGAGGAGUCCCGCACCGGCAAGCGCGAGGAGCCCCGGACCAGCAGGCGCGAGGAGCCCCGGAGCAGCAAGCACGAAGAGCCCCGCACUGAAAAGCGCGAGAAGCCCCACCCCAGCAAGCGCGAGGAGUGGCCUGAGGGAGGAAGGAGGGGCGCACGGAGACGCGGAAGGAGGAGCCCAGUGAGCGGGCCUCGAAGCGGGCGUCCACGCGUUCGACGCGUACGGCCAAGGAAGAGGAGUCGUCGGCAGGGCGAGGGGCGAGGGGAACAGCGGCCGACAGACCCACAGGUCGAGGAGCCGCAGCCAACGCCGGCCGAAACCGCGGUCAAAGAGCCGCAGACAACGCCGACCGAGACCGCGGUCAAAGAGCCGCAGGCAACGCAGGCCGACAUCGCGGAAGAUAACGCGGCCGCUGAGGCACGACGCCUCGCGGAAUGGCACCGGCGGUUCGCGCUGGCCGCGGCGGCGGAGGAGCGGAGGCAACGGCGUGUAUGGGAGGACGCCUUCACGCUGGGAAAGAGGCUGAAGGCCACGCAGGAGGCUGAAAAGGCGGCGCAAGAAGCGGUGGCGGAGCGCCACGAGCGAGACGUCGCGCACCAAUGGCGGCGGGCUGGCGGUGAUCUCCAGCGACUAGGAGGAGGCGGAGUGCCCACCAGCGCCGAAGGCGGCUCGAGUCCAGUCGCCCGAAGAGGAGUGGCAGGAGAGGCUACAACGAGCCGAGGUGGAGGAGGAGGAGCUCUGGCAGCCACCCCCUGA